CCGUCAAUUCAUCCGUCUUCCCCUUCCGUCUGCUGCAUCCCUCUUCCCUCCGCCUCCUCUCUCUCUCUCUUCUCCAGACGACUGUUGGCCCCGCCGCCGCCGCCGCCCUAGGCCAGGUGCGGAGGCUUUCCUUGGUCUCUUCGCCGGCGACGAGCACCCACCAAGUACUCCCACCCCUUCUCUUCCCUUCCCUUAUGCUGUGCGAAGCAGCGAAACCCUAACCUAAUCGCCGGCGACGAGCACCCACCAGGUCGUGUGUCCCAAAACCUCUCUGUUGCUGCAUUGAAGCUUGAAAUGUCAGCACCGAUGCCCAUUUCCCGGCUUGUUUCCCAUGUCAUCCUUGAUUUGGAUGGCACCCUCUUAAACACAGAUUCCGUUGUAAGUAAGGUGGUAAAACCAUUUCUUGUCAAAAAUGGGAAAACGUGGGACAGCAAGAAAGCUUACAAGGUAGUUGGGAAGACACCUUAUGAAGCUGCAGCUAUUGUUUUAGAAGACUAUGGACUCCCUUACUCUACAGAAGAGUUCCUCUCAAUGAUUACUCCAGUGUUCAGUGAACAGUGGUGCAACAUAAAAGCUCUUCCAGGAGCUACUCGGCUGCUAAAACAUUUAAGGAGUAAUGGGGUGCCUACUGCUUUGGCUUCAAACUCACCAAGAUCUAACAUAGAAGCCAAAAUUUCAUGCCAUCAAGGAUGGAAAGAGUCUUUCUCUGCAAUUGUUGGUGGAGACGAAGUAGAGAAAGGGAAGCCAUCCCCAGAUAUAUUUUUGGAAGCUGCUAAAAGAAUGAACGCCACUCCUUCAAAUUGCCUAGUAAUUGAGGAUUCCUUGCCAGGUAUUACAGCUGGUAAAGCUGCAGGGAUGCAUGUCAUAGCUGUACCUUCAAUACCCAAAAAGACUGCUGAGUUCAGUUCUGCUGAUGUGGUGAUCAAUUCCCUCCUUGAUGUGAGGCCUGAGAAAUGGGGUUUACCACCAUUUAAUGAUUGGAUUGAAGAUACCUUACCAAUAGAACCGUGGUUUAUCAGUGGACCAGUGAUCAAAGGAUUUGGCCGUGGUUCUAAAGUACUAGGAAUACCAACAGCUAAUUUACCUGCAGAGAACUUUUCUGAUGUAGUGUCCGAGUAUACAUCUGGGGUAUACUUUGGCUGGGCUGGACUUUCAACACGUGGUACAUAUAAGAUGGUUAUGAGUGUUGGCUGGAACCCAUAUUUUGACAAUACUGAGAAGACAGUAGAACCUUGGUUGCUUCAUAAUUUUGGUGAGGACUUCUAUGGUGAGGAGCUGCGCCUUGCCAUUGUUGGCUACAUAAGACCUGAGGCCAACUUUCCUUCGCUUGAGAGCUUGAUAGAGAGGAUUCAAGAGGAUGGGAGAAUAGCAGAGAAGGCACUAGACUUACCGAUGUAUGCCAAGUACAAAGACUCACCAUAUCUGAGAAAUACUUUGCAGCUGGGAAGUACUAAUGAUGAUAGCCAGGCUGAGCUGAAUUCCAAGUGACAAGCCCCUGCAGUUGGUCACUAAAUAAGUUGCCGGUUAUUGUUCUGUUCGCGAUAGAGUGAAAUACACUUGUAUUACGAUUGGACUCUUGUUGACCUUAUAGGCUUAUACGCAGUUCUUUCCACCUUUUCAGAACCAGUGUUCCUCAAAGAACAGUUCAUUCGUUGAGGAAAAUGGUGGUUGCACUAUAUGGUUGUUCCUCAAAGAGGGGUGUUGAUACCCUUUCUAAAGAAAAUGACGGGAUGUUGAAAGGUGAAUACAGGGAUACUUCAUUCGUUGAUUACUGAAUUGAUGCAUUCGAGAUUGGGAAGAUAUCACUUGUACUAGUUUAAGUUAAGAAACAGUAAAAAGAUACUUAAUAAUUCUUUCUUAAUGAAAUGAUGCACAGCUC